UAUCGUUCAACCAAAUAGGAAGAUGGCGACGUCCGGUAGUGGUGGCUCUUGUUGGAGCACCCCUGAAGUCCACAAACAUCACGAACAGAAGAUUGUUUGUCACACAAGACCCAAAUACAGGGAGGGGAGAAGGCUUAGGGCAGUUAAAGUGUACACCAUCAAUCUGGAGUCUCGUUUUCUGCUGGUUCAGGGAGUUCCAGCCUUGGGGGCCAUGAAGGAGCUGGUGGAGCUGAUGGCCCUGUACGGGCCGGUGGAGGAGUACAGGGUGCUGGACGAGUACCCCGCAGAGCAGUUCACUGAGGUCUACCUCUUCAAAUUCCGCACGCUUCGCAGUGCAAGAAUGGCAAAGCGGAAUCUUGACGAAAGGAGUUUCUUUGGUGGACUGCUUCAUGUGUGUUACGCUCCUGAAUAUGAAACGGUUGAGGACACCAGGCAAAAAUUACAAGACCGACGGAGAUACGUUGCUAGAGCAAAACAGAAUAAAGUGAAAGCACUGGAUGAACCAGAAGAGAAAAUUGAAAGGAAUGCUGCUGAAGACUCUACCUGUGAAAUCCCAAAACCUGAGAAUGAAAGGGGCAGUUGGGAUUUUAGGGAAAGGGAGACUUGGAACGAAAAGGGGAGUUGGGAUUUAAGUUAUCCUUUACUACCCCUUCCUCCACAAGAAGGAUUUCCGAGUGUUUUUGAACAGACGGUGUAUGAAGACAGCAUGGGUUCGACCUACUCAGCUGGCACUAGUGAUCAGCCCAUUGCGUCUGUAGGUCAAAAGUGUUCCUCUGAUAGAAGCACAGUGGUUUACAUAAAGGUAAAGGACAGGCCUCCUCCUGCCAAACUUAUACCAAGGACAGCACACUUACAAAACAGGAAACGAAAAAUGGAAGAAGCCAGCAAGGCUUUUCUUUUGGGAACCACAGAAAAAAAUGACACACUGAUUGGGCCAAAACUCCCAGAACUGCCAAAAGUGGACAUGGAAGAUGAUUCUUUAAACAUCACAGUCAAUUUGAUCAGAAGUACCAUGGCAAAGGUCUCAACCAUUCCAGAAAACAAGGCUACAGAAAAGAGUUCCACUGCAACAAAGCCAAGAAGGAGAAUCUAAGUUUGAUUUCCAUCCAUAUGAAUAGCAUGGACAUUUUCCAUUAAAACACUUUUCACUGUAACAACAAACACUCUGAACUCAGUGCUCAGAAAGGUCCUGGAAGGCAUGCUGCUCAAAUGCAAGAACUCUCUGCAAUAAAGAGAAAAGGAAUUUCAGACAUAAUUUC